GGCCGGAUGACGGCGAGUGCGAGUGACGUGCUUCAGAGAGCCUCAAGACGGCCCGAAUUUCCCGAAGAAAGCUUCAAGACGACUCCAGGACGUCCCAGGAUAACCCGGAGAUGGCCUUCGAGAGUUUGUGGGAGGGGCCAAGAGAGUUGCAAGGUGGCCGAAGAGGUCCCGAGAUUCCGACGCCCUCUCCCGCUGGCAUUCUGGUUCAAGGCAUCCGGGAUCAGGCCGGAAAAUGUUUUACCGAAAUCAAUCAUCCAUUUUUUGUUCAUUGUUGGCAUUGGCAUUUGAUGUCGCGAGCAAUGGCAGCCAAUCGGGGAUCAUGGAUUUGGUUCUGGUUGGUACAUGUCCACAGCACGUCCACCGCGAUUUCUCUGAGGACACAAUCCAGUGCUAAUUCGUCGGUGGCAGGCUAUUCGUACUCAGUGAUCCUUAACACCCACUGCGGGGGCUUGUCCAUCUACACAUGGGCGAAUGGAGAAGCUGCCAAUUACGGCCAAGGUUUCGUCAACGACAUUCCUGGAUGCAAGACGAUGCGUGACAGUCAUGCCGACUGCGCCGGAUUUGUUCAGCGCGAUACAGACAACAAGUGUUCAUUCUGGAAGUCUGGUCCUUUGGGAUAUAUCUACGCUGGUACCUACACCGACUAUCAUUGCUACGAGAACGGGGCUGCGAUCGCCUCCAGCAGUCCAACGCCCAGCCCGACGCCCAGCCCGACGCCCAGCCCGUCGAUUCCCAGUGCUGGCGGCGCGGCCACUGGCGAUCCCCACCUGCAGAACAUUCAUGGUGAGCGGUUCGACUUGAUGAAGCCAGGCAGGCACGUUCUGAUAAACAUCCCUCGUGGAGAGCUCGCCGAAAAGGCGUUGCUUCGCGUGCAGGCCGACGCGCAACGAAUCAGCGGACAGUGCGCGGACAUGUAUUUCCAAGCAGUCAACGUCACAGGGGCGUGGGCGGGCGCGAGUGCGAAGCUGACGGGCGGCCUUCGCUACUGCGCCCAGGACGCCGGCGGCAAGCAGGCCCGCUGGAGGCGGUUCGGGCCCGUGCAGUUGGAGAUCGCACACGGGCGCGCGCAGGAGGGCACCAAGUAUCUGAACCUCUACGUCAAGAGCCUCGGGCGCGCAGGCUUCGCCGUCGGAGGCUUGCUGGGAGAGGGCGACCACUCCCAGGAGCAGGUCCCUCCGGAGGAGUGCCACCACAGCAUGGCCAUGUAGGCGCGGGUCGGGCUUCCUCCUUCGGCGUCGGCGCCGGCGCAUUCCACCGAGGCCCGUGACCAGCCGGGCCCCCGCUGGGCGCUGUAGCGGGGGGGAGGGUGCUGAUGCGAAACCAUCGCGACGUGGGAGUUUGGGGAUCGAGGGGGUGAACAUGCGGCACCCUAUUGCAACUAUCUGGCCUCUGGUCCGAGCCGCAGGCAGAGCCAGAGCCUGUGUUUUCGGCCGCCCGCUACAUUUUCCGCGGGCCUUCCCACGGGAAUGGCCAUUCUGAGAUUGCCGCGCACUGGCCAGAGCACUUCGCACAUGUUUGCGCCUGUCCUCUGGACAAGACAAAAUUCUGACGCCCCCUUAGCGAG